CUCUGCCUUCAUAAUCAUAUUCCUCAUUUCCUCCCUCCAUUCCCCUGUUUCGCCACUGACUUCUUCCUCCUACUUUCAAAGUCUUCCCAAUAUGCAAUCGCCGGCAGCCUCUCGCCUUCUCUUCGCCUCCGUCGUGGCAUCUCUCUUGGCUCUUGCUUGUCAAGCUCACCGACGGGAAGACGGCAGCUCGCUCAUCACUCAACCGAUUCCAUCCAACCUCGACCUCAAGAUCCCUCCAUCAGAUUCAGCUCAUUUGGGCGCUGCUGCUAUACACCCGAGACGCGAGGAAAUUGAGAAGCGAAUCCAGGUGAAGAAAUCAGGGAUGAAGAUCGUCAGGAACCCUCCCGAUUCCAAGCUCGCCGACCUCGGCGUCCGCUCUUGGCCCAGGUGGGCGUUCGCUCCAAGCAAAUUCCCAUGGACAUAUUCCGCCAACGAGACAUCCUACAUUCUGGAGGGGAAGGCAAAGAUUUACCCAGAAGGGUCUGAUGAAGGCGUUGUGAUCUCUGCGGGUGACUUGGCUGAUUUCCCCAAAGGGAUGAGCUGCACCUGGGAGGUUUCUGCUCCAAUAUACAAGCACUACAAGUUCAAUGAUUAGCUCUCCUCUAAACUGUUUCGAGAGGCUAAACUCCCCAUGCUAUUCACUCUGCAGUUGUGUAGAAUAGAAACAUCUUUCAGAGUACUCUGUUCAAUGCACACAAUGUAAAAUAUGUAUAUCUGAUGGAUGAUCUUUGCUUCGGCCAAGUUUAUCUGAUCAGAACAAGGUUUUGGUGCUCAAUUUAGUCUCAGGUUGUACGAUCUCGUAUAAUCGACAUGUGGGAAGAGAAAGGAACAAACUUUAUAUUGGUU